GGAGGUGGCCGCGGCGCGCAGGCGCGGGGGGCGGCCCCGAAGCAGGUUCUGCGUCCGGGCUUUCUGGAGGGAGGUGGCUGCGGCGCUGCACGGGCGGCGGCGUUUCCACGUGCUCUUUACGGCCGGUUGAAACCGUUGGCGGGCGCUGGCUGAGAGGACUAGACUUCAAACCUAGCUUGUAUAGAGAAUACAUAACCAUUUAGCUAAAAAUGGUAUUUUUUACGUGCAAUGCAUGUGGUGAAUCAGUGAAGAAAGUACAAGUAGAAAAGCAUGUGGCUAUUUGCAGAAACUGUGAAUGCCUGUCUUGCAUUGACUGCGGUAAAGAUUUCUGGGGCGAUGACUACAAAAACCAUGUGAAGUGCAUCAGUGAAGAACAGAAGUAUGGUGGCAAAGGUUAUGAAGGUAAAACCCACAAAGGCGAUAUUAAACAGCAGGCAUGGAUUCAGAAAAUUAAUGAAUUAAUAAAAAGACCCAAUGUCAGCCCCAAAGUGAGAGAACUUUUAGAGCAAAUUAGUGGUUUUGACAACGUUCCCAGGAAAAAGGCAAAAUUUCAGAAUUGGAUGAAGAACAGUUUAAAAGUUCAUAAUGAAUCUAUUCUGGAACAGGUGUGGAAUAUCUUUUCUGAAGCUUCCAGCAAUGAAGCAGUCGGUAAGGGUCAAGACCGGCAGCCCCUCACCCAGGCGGUCAGCCCACCCCGAGCAGAGCUCUCUGCUAAGGUACCAGCCUCUGAAACAAAUGACCGCACCGAAAAGCAAGCAGAGGUGAAGAAGAAUAAAAGAGAAAGGAAGGAAGAAAGGCAGAAGAAUAGGAAAAAAGAGAAGAAAGAACUAAAAUUAGAAAACCACCAAGAGAACUCGAAGAAUCAAAAGCCUAAGAAGCACAAAACAGCCCAGGCGGCUGGAGGGGAAGCCCUGAGGUCUGCAGGGAAGAAAAGCCAGAGAAAGGCGGACGAGGCGGAGGGGGCUGCUGACAGGGCAGAGGAUGGAGCUGGGGCCUGUGCAGGAGACGCCGAGGAGGAGCCCACAAAAGCUCGGCCUGGGAAGAGAAAGCAGAAGCACUUGGAAGAUGACACAGAUUAUAAGAAGAAAAAGAGAAAGUUCUCAGGACCUCCUGAGGGCGGAGAACCAGAAAACCAUGAGGCUCCUACAAAAGGUAUGACUGCCAUCAUUUGGAGAGGUCUGCCUUCCAGGGUGGGGAAGGACCUGGGACCUUCAGGCAGGUCAUCCCCUCCAGAGGCACAUGGAAGACUGAAAGCAGAUUCAGGUAAAUUCAACUGGAAGGGAACCAUUAAAGCAGUUCUGAAACAGGCCCCAGACAAUGAAGUAGCCAUCAAAAAGCUAAGGAAAAAGGUUUUAGCUCAGUAUUACGCAGUGACGAAUGAGCAUCACAAGUCUGAAGAGGAGCUCCUGACCAUCUUUAACAAGAAAAUCAGCAAGAACCCUACCUUUAAGUUACUAAAGGACAAAGUCAAGCUUUUGAAAUGAACAUUUUUAUAUUUAAAAAUGGAAUCUGUUCUGUUGAUGUCUUUCACUGCUGUUUAUAAAACGUAAUGAAUUAUAACAACUCCUAAUUUUGCUUUCAAAGCUGUAUUUUUAAGUUAAGGAUAAAGUCUAUUUUUGGUAGAACUUUUAUGAGAAAAUAUAUUCUUACCCAAGAUUCUAAA